AUGACAAGCUAAGUUCUUCCAUAAUAGCUACACGAAAGUGAAAAUUUAAGCCCAUCUAAUGGUAAAAUAGUUGUAAAUAAAAUUUUAAUAGUUGCACAGGAACCUUCUAUGCUUUUGACUUAGCCUUCUUCAAAAUUAAAGUCGAAACCCCCUGAUUAAUCUGAAAAAGAAGUUAAGGAAGAAAUUAAUUCCCUUGUCCAUUUAACAAUAAUUCUGGUAGCAAUUUAAAGUGGGAAUUUUUCAAUUGGAUAUUCUUUAUCAUAUUUAACAAUUUCAUUCUCUACAUUAUUUUCAUAAAUGUAUUUAUACUAUAUUAUUAAGUACUCUUAAAGGAUCUGAGAUUGAAGAAUAAGGUCUUUUUAGUGCAGUAUUAUCGAUAGGAUAAGUAGUAGGAGCAUUACUUACAAAACCAUUAUUAAAAUAUACAACAAGAAAUUAAUCUCUAUUGAUUGCUGAUCUCUUUGGAAUUAUAAGCAUUUUAUAAGUGAUACCAAAUAGAGAAGUUAUUUUAACAUUUAGAUUUUGUUAUGGUUUAUGUUUAGGUAUUUCAACAAUUAUUAUGGCUGUCUAUGUUAAAGAGCUAUGUCCCGAUUAAUACUAUGAAACAUUCUCAGUUUUAGCAAGUUUCUUAAUUGCUGGAGGAUUAUUUUUUAUUAAUUUUUUGAGUUUAGGGUAUUUAAAUCCUGACUUAAGAGGAGAAGACUCAUAUUAUUGGUAAAUUAUUUUUGCAAUUCCAGCUUUAUUACAUUUAUUUAGAUAAUUAAUCCUGACUGUUAUUUAUAAAGUGGACAGUCCUGAUAGUUUAAUUCAAAUUUAAAUGAAAUAAAAAGCAAAGGAAAUUAUAAAAAAAAUAUAUUAACCUUAAUUUAUCGAUUAAGUUUUCUAAAAAUGUUAAUUAAGAUCAUAAGAAAAUUAAGUACAAUAAGAAGGAAUGAUGAAUUUGUUUAACAAAAAACAUAUAUAAACUUUAUUAAUUGGUUGUUUAUUAGCAUUUAUUUCAACUUGGUGUGGUUUAUUUGCUUUAUACUCUUACAGUUCAUAAAUAUUUAAUAUUAUGUCAGAUGGGGACUUAACUUUAAAUGCAAUAUUUUCAAUUAUCCUUGGAGUAGUUUAAUUGAUUCCUGCAUUUAUUUCAAAAUUUAUUUAUCGAAGAUUAGGAAACAGACCUUUAUUACUUUAUGGACUUUUUUUCCUUAUAAUCUUCUAGAUACUAAUUAUUGGUUUAAGUUACUCUGAUUCUUAUGAAGCAACUAUAAUUAGUUUUAUUAUUAUCUGCUUCUUUGCAUUCACAUUUGCUCUAACUUUAGGUCCCAUUACUUUUGUAAUGAUAUAUCAUUUAUUAAUAGUCUAUGACACCAGAAAUAAAUACAAGUGAAGGAACUUAUUUUUGUUUUGUUACAUUGUAUGCAUGGCAACUUCUUAUGCUCUACAUAUUUCCAUUUAUGUUAGAUGGAAUUAAAAUGAGUGGAUCUUUUAUCCUUUUUGGAAUAUUAACAUUUUUAGCAUUGAUAUACUUUUACUUUUCAGUAAAGGAAACAAAAGGAUUUAAUCAUAACGAAAUAGAUAACCUUUAUGGAAAAUUAUGA